AUUUUGUUCACUUUUACGAACAGCCCGCUUGCUGCAAACGAUCUAUCCAUCUAUACCUAUACAUAACUAAACUCAUACCCAGCCUUCAAAAUGCUGAUCAACGCCACCACAGCUCUAUCAACCUCCUCAACCCUAUUAGUCCCAUACCUCCCGCAUCACGUCCCACGCUAUCACGAAUGGAUGAAAAACGAGGAAAUCCAACAAGCAACAGCCUCCGAACCGCUCAGUUUGGAAGAGGAAUACUCCAUGCAGAAGAGCUGGAGGGAGGAUGCCGAUAAAUUGACUUUUAUUGUCUGCUUAGCACUGCCACUAGCAUCAGGUUCAGGUUCAGGUUCUUCGGAAAGCGAAGUAAUACGAUUAUCAGAUCAGUUUGAUGGGCCGGAGCGGAUGGUCGGGGAUGUCAAUCUCUUCCUGCGUAUCGACGAGGAAGAAGAGGGAGACGGAGGCAAAAUUGUAGGGGAACUCGAGCUGAUGAUAGCCGAAAGGCAGAAUCAAGGGAAAGGGUACGGGCGGGCCGCAUUGUUGGUGUUUCUGCGGUAUAUUGUUGAGCAUGAGAAUGGUAUUGUUGCGGAAUUUCUACGGACGGAAAAAAGGGCAGCAGCAGCAGCAGCUACGCAGACCAACAAACUAGAUUAUCUGAGUGUCAAGAUCGGGCAGACGAAUAUUCGCAGUGUGCGCUUGUUUGAGUCGCUGGGUUUUGUUAGGGUGGCUGAUGAGCCGAAUUACUUUGGGGAAGUGGAGUUGAGGAGGGCUGGAUUGGUUAAGGCUGGUGUUGAGGAGAUGUGCACGAGGUUUGCAGUAAGAGGGUAUCGGCAGUUGGAGUAUAGAGCGGAGAGAGAGUCAUGAAGAAAUAUUUUCAAAUGUUUUUUUUCCUUUGAUAUCCAUAUAUCACCACCUCAAGAAAAUGGUGAUGGAGUUGGAGAAUCGUAGGAUUCUCCGUGUUGCGAGUUUGCA